AUGGAUCGUUCACGAAAGCACAAUCAUUUAGACAUAUCAGAAAGUGGAACGUAUGCGUACUUGUCAAUCUGUUCUAUUUCUCUAUCAGAGCUGUUUCCUGGUGAAUGGAACCACGAAUUCAACAUAAAAUACAUAAAAGGUCUGUGCGAGCACCUGAAAGCUCCUGAAAAAGUAUCAGCUGUGAUGCUGGUUUUGGUUGACGGUAAUUCUGGACAUACGGUUGAGCCUUACAUUGAACUUUUACUCCAAGAACCAAAUUUAAAUAAAAAGCCUAUUCUGAUUGUCCAAGAUGCUGUACUUUAUGCUGUGAAUAUGACGCACGACAGAGAGGAAAAAGACGCAGAAUCAAAGAAACGGGACAAAAUACGUAAAAUAAAACGGUACACAUCAAUAGGAAUAGCAACGGUUGCAGGAGGUACCUUAAUAGGACUAACUGGUGGUUUAGCAGCUCCAUUCAUCGGCGUAGGAGUCGGAACAAUCUUGGGAGGAGCAAGUGCAGCUGCAUUGACAAGUACUGCAGGUGUAGCAAUAAUAGGUUCAAUCUUCGGAGUCGCGGGUGCUGGACUAACCGGCUACAAGAUGAACAAGAGAGUAGGAAAAGUUGAAGAAUUUAGUUUCGAGCCACUGUCACGCUUUUGUAAUACGGACCAGCAGUUGCACGUCGCGAUAGCUGUGACAGGUUGGUUGAAGAAUCAGGACAUCGAUAACGUGAGAAAACCCUGGAAGUGUUUGGCUAUUUCUCGGGAACAGUACGCGCUGAGAUACGAAACCAAGUACUUAGUUGAAAUGGGGCAAGCGCUGGAGUACAUACUGAGUAUGGCGGUGUCAUUCGCCACCCAGGAAGCUCUCAAAUACACAAUACUAGCGGGAAUAAUGAGCGCAAUAGCUUGGCCAGCUGCUUUGCUAUCAAUUGCUUCAGUGAUAGACAAUCCUUGGUCUGUUUGCUGUCGCAGAAGUUCUGAGGUUGGUAAGCAUCUUGCUCAUGUCUUGCUUUCAAGGGAACACGGCAAACGACCAGUUACUUUGAUCGGGUACAGUCUUGGUGCCCGGGUUAUUUUUUACUGUCUCAGAGAAUUGGCUGAGGUCGGAAAUGCCGAAGGAAUCAUUCAAGACGCCAUCAUGCUAGGCGCUCCGGUGACUGACAAAUCAAAUCAGUGGGAAAAAUGCUCGCGGGUCGUCGCUGGUAAAAUUAUCAAUGGGUACUGCAAUACUGAUUGGCUUCUUAGAUUUUUGUACCGCACUUUGUCCAUGGCCACAGGUGUUGCUGGUCUUGCGGAAGUUAAGUGUCCAAGGGUCACCAACAUCGACCUCACCAGCAUUAUUUCUGGACAUACUGAGUACUCGGAUAAGUUGGUUGAAAUAAUGGAAUUCGUUGGUGUCAGAACCCGGUCUGCUGAUGUUCUAGAUGACGAAGGCGUCCUGAAAAAGUCUACGUCUGAUUACACUGAAAUGGGGCGUUCUCGUAAAAGUACUUACAGUAACAAGAAGCUUAGAAUCAGAGCUUCGAAAUCCGAUGAGUGCCUCAAUAUCCUUCCAAUGACACAACACGGUAACAAGCUUAUGUGUUGGUCUAAUGUCGAAUAA